AUGAUGGACUCCUCCACAAAUUAUCGAUUUUUGACAUUUAUCAACGGGUCAGUGGUGGAUCACAUCGGUUGGAGGCUACCGAUUCAGUUUUUUUAUUCGUUUGAAGUGUUCAUGCUAUUCACAAAUUUUAUCGAGUACCUCUACACCUUCUACCUCCUUCUCCGCUUCCGUGCCAUGCACAGUAACCUACAUAUCCUCCUUCUUCUCUACGGCGGACAAUAUUUCUUCUCAAUGAUAUCAAGACUUUUUCUUGUCUAUUUUCAAUUCAAUGGCUCUGAGUCGAUAGACGAAUCAACAUUCCACAGUCUACUGUAUACUGCAAACUACACAAGAACGAUAUGCCUAUUUGUGGCGUUCAAUAUGCUCCCGUUUUUAGUUUUUGAGAGAUGCUUUGCCACUUGCUUAUCCGGCACCUAUGAAACUGACCGUAACUUUUGGAUUCCGCUGAUUCUGAUAUCCAUCAUGAUGCCAGUUUGUGUCCUUUCUGCGGUGGCUUAUAUUAGGAACUGGUUCCCAAUUUACGCCCACUGCAUCCUCCUCAUCGUCCUAAACAUCGGCGGAUCCCUCCUUCUAAUUAUUGUGACAAGAUGUAACAUCCGUCUUCAUAACUCUUACUCAACUCUGGAACAUCACGGUCUCUACUCUCUCAGCGAGCGGUUUCAAGUGUCCGAAAACAUCAAAACAUGCCAAUGGCUCUCUCGAAUCCAGGGGUCAAUCCUGUUCUUUAACGUGGCUUGUGUCUCAAUUCUCAUUCUGGAAUAUGUUUCAAGGAAUGAGAAAUUGAUUAUAAUGGCCAAUGUGUCCUUCAAUAUUUUGUGCACCAUAUAUGCCGCUGUAACACCGAUAGUAGUGAUAAUCUACACACCUGAAUGGACACGAGAAACGAUACGGCUGUGGCACCUGAUCUCCCCUCCAUCAAACUUUGAUCAUCUCGACCUUCGCACAACAUUUGGUGAAGAAAUGAGCUAUUCGGAUAAGAACGUCGAAUCGAAAGUGUAUUUCGAUCAAUUUCAAAAGAACCUGACAAAACAGGCAAUGGAGAAGUCAAAAAAGAAGCAACAGAGGAGUUCUUCAUGGAAUAAUAGUGAACACGAGAUCUUUUUGUGA